AUGACUGUCUCAACUGGCGAGAGAGUCCAAAGCGUCCUCGCUGAAGUCAUUCGGGAGGUUACGGAGCAUGUUACCUUCAUAGGGCUUGGACCUGAAGCCGUCGAGAGGAUUUUCCAGUGUCUCACCUUUAACACGAAAGGAGGAAACCUCUUGCGAAGCCGAACGGCUCUGGAUAGUGGACGGAUUCUCAAUGGCCACGAGCUCUCUCCAGCCCAGAGCGAAGAUCUCGCAGUGCUCGGGUGUCUACUUGAACUCUUGAAUGCGGCAUAUGUGGUCUGGGAUGAUAUCAUGGACGGUUCUACAACAAGACGCGGCCAGCCAUGCUGGUAUCGCCGGGAAAAAGUUGGCAUGAUGGCUAUCAACGACGCGUGCCUUCUGAGAUCGGCAAUCAACGUUACCCUCAAGAAACGCUUUCGAAAACAUCCAAGCUAUCUAGAACUCCACGACAUGUUCGACGAGGCUUGUCUCCGCACUGAGCUUGGACAGCACUGUGAUCUCAUGGCCACGGCAAAAUUACUGGAACUGGAUAAGUUCUCUUGGAAUCAAUAUGAGUUCAUUACGGCCCAAAAGACAGCUUUUUACACCAUCUAUCUUCCUAUGGCCAUCCCUCUUGUUUAUCUUGGCCUCGCUACCGCUGAAAAGCUAGACAAGGUAUACAAGACAUCCAUGCUGCUAGGGCACGUCUUCCAGGCCCGAGAUGACUUUCUACAUGUUUAUGGCGAUCCUCUGGUCACUGGAAAAGUUGGGACAGACAUCCAGGAGAACAAAUGCAGCUGGCUUUCAGUCUGGACAUUGGAAAAUUGCAACGACGAGCAAAGGAAGGUGUUCCAACGCUGCUACGGAUCCACGAAUGAAGACGAUGUUUUGAAGGUCAAGGAGCUUUUUCAUGACCUAAAUGUGUCCAAAGCUUUUCUUGAUUGGGAUAAGGACAUGUGGACAAAGAUCGAAGCAGCAGUUGAGGAACUCAAAGAUCCCGCUCUGAAGGAGUUGCAUACCACGUUGUUAUCGAAAUAUAAUCGGGAUCCUCGACGAAGCGUGGCUCCGUCAGCAUAA